AGUAAUUUUUUUAUAAUUUUCCAAUAAUUAAUUUAGAAUCGUUUUGAUGUCAGGAUGACUUAAUGUUCUGCUUGAAUAUUUGAAAGACAUAUUUUCCUUGAGAGAAGCAACGAAUUACAAAACGAUACAUCGUAAAGUUUCAUACGUUGCAAUUCUUUCAAGAGCACUUGUUCCCUUUUGCAGACUUUUUUAUUCUAUUUAUAUAUGCUAGGAAGCAUUCUCUCUCUCUCUCUCUCUCUCUCUCUCUCUCUCUCUCUCUCUCUCGAAUGAGUGAAUCUCUCGAACAGGUGCCAAGUGGACGUCCCGCCUGUCCGGAUUCUCUGAGAUCGUUACGGGCACGUGCAAACACUUCUGAUGACCGAGGUACAAAAGCGUAUACUAAAAUAUAUGUAAGCGACGAUCCGAUUGCGUGUACACACGCGAUGUUAUACGCGUUCCGAAGGCCGGCUGUCAAGGUAGACCGCGUAACGGCGAGAGGGCAAUGGCCGGGCAUCGUACUCGCUGUACGAACGCCGGGAGGUGACAGAGAGACGCAGAAAUACGAGAUGAGGUGUCCACCGGGCGGUGUGUAUACCGGUUUUGUAUGUACGUGCGAACGCGGGACUGAAUCGUGUCCCGAGAGCGAACCGGCUGUCUCGUCAACGGGUUCCUGCCGGAGGCGGUGAGGCGCAUCAGGUCGGGGCCCCCAGGGCGUUCGCUACCAUCCAUUUUUCAGUUCUCUUCACGUCAGGAUCGAUCACAGACGAACAUGUUCGUCCUACACGGCUUCCUCGUUAUUGCGGCCUGUCUCGUCACCGUCGCGAUUCCUCCCGCGCUGACCAAGGCGAUUUACGAUCAGCGACAGACCGGCGAUGUGAACGUGCAGAUUGAUCUGAAGGACCUACAGGUGAUUGCGCUGGUCAACUCCGAGCUCCUGGACGAUUAUACGGAUUACGAUUACUUAUAUGAUUACGCCGACUUUACCAUCAAGCCACUGGGAAACAAGCCUAUCGUGAGUUCCACGACGGAGAAAAAUGACGUCACACAAGUUUUCGAGUCGCUGCCGUCACAAAAUUCAACCGUCUCGACGUCUGUCAAUAAUACAAGCGACAUAACGCUAUCCGAAGAAGCCUCGAAUGCUAAUCCAUCGAAUGGUACCGAGAACGACAAGACAUCAUCCAAAGACGAAGAGAUCCUAAACGGUGAUCCGUUGAUUGGUAUCACGAGCUCGACGCCAAAUGCGAAUAACGAUGACAAUAAGAGUCAACCGGGCGAAAAGGAAACUGGAACAACUCCUUCGACAACGGUGAAAUCCGCGCACGCCGUGCGGUCGCAAAAGCGCUGCAAAUUUGGAUAUGUUCCAAACGGCAAUGGUCGCUGUCGAUCGUGGUUGAAUCGCUUGUUGCCGUGAGUACAACCGCGUGAGUGCAACCG